AUGCUGCGCAAGCUCGAUAAGAUACCGAGUGUAAAGGACACGGUCGAAUACUCGAAAGAGUAUAAGGGCGACAACACGAAUGGCGGUGAUUGUCUAGGUAUCCAGGAUUUCGCAGUAGAUAAGGAGGCAAGCAGGGGUCUCUGUGACGGCUUGCAUAUUUGUAGUGAAAAUUCGCCUGUUAAAUAG